CGUCAACUCCGCAUACACAGCACCCGAUCGUCGUUCCGGAUAGAGUAAUAUACCAUGGUUGGAGUUCCGAAAAGUAAUGCAUGUCGGACAUGCUUGCGCAGACGGGUUAAGUGCGACCUAACCCAACCAUUCUGCAACCAAUGCACCAAGCGCAAUCUCGACUGCCCUGGCUACGAAAAACGGUGGAAAUUCAUGCACCAAACCAAAGGCUCCAUCCAAAAAGGCCAGCAGCAUAACGGCCGCAGCCAACCCCAACCCCCCCACAGAGAAGCUGCCCUGGUCCGAGCGCGCCAAAGCAUCGACGAACGGGUAGAGCCGAACCUAGCGGCUGCGGCCCUAGACCUCCAACAGAAGGAGGUCUUCUGCACGUUCCUACUAACCAGUUUCCCCGCCCAGUUCGCCUCCUGUGGCAAGCGGGUUGAAGUCAACUGGAUCGACUAUGCGAGACGCCCGCUCCUGACUGCGCCCCAGGCGUUGGUCUGGGCGUACCGUGCACUGGCGACAGUUUUCAUUGGUCGGAAGUAUAAUGAUAUGAACAAGGUUACUUGUAGUCGACAUAUGUAUAGCCGAGCUUUGAACUAUCUGGCUGGGGUUAUCCAGCAUCCGAAGUUCGCUACUACGGAGGAGGCCCUUGCUUCUGGGAUCCUAUUGACUAUGUAUGAGAUGGUGGAUGGCAUUACGGGAGCGUCAUGGCUGACGCAUACGCGCGGACUGGCGACGAUGAUCCAGAUGCGGGGACAAGACGUCCAUCGAUCUGGGUUUGGAUUGACAUUGUUAAAAUCCUGUCGAGCGUUUUUGGUCGCCGAUGCUCUGAUCCGUGGGGAACACUGCUUUCUCGGCGAGCCACAAUGGAGGGCAUUUCUGAGCGAGUUAGCCGAUAUGGAAAGCCAGAGCCCGAAACGAAGUGAACUGGGACUCAUUGUCGAUCGAGCAUUUAUAGAGAUUGCCUCCUGUCCCGGGUGGCUAGUCGAGACACAAAGGUUGAUAAAAGCUGAUAACCCGGAGGCCAGGGCAAGUCUAAUGCAAGAAAUUGAGUUCGGCCGGCAUCGACUGAAUGAGCUUCAAUCAGAGCUUCAGUGUGCGCUCGUUCAUCAGCGCCAGGCAUCUAUUCUACAUUGGCAAAGUUUCGUCGGCCCCAUCCCCUGGGACUUUGUCGAUCCGUUCGCGCAGUCUUCGCUGUAUGGUAUGCGAUUGGGUAUUUCUCUGUUAAGUCAAUUGCAUGUCUUACUCCGCGCGGACCUCUUUCGGCGGCACUAUGUGACAGAGCCUUGGGAUGAUCCUGAGAUGCCUGGUUUGCAGUCGCCGAAUCCGUGGAGUGCCUUGGAUGCGGAUGCACCGGAGUGGCAGGUUCGGUUUGAUCCGGAGUAUCUGCGGGAUUCGUAUCAGAUUCAUCCGAGUGGGAAUGAGGAUUGGAUGGAUCGUAUUGCGAUGUCGAUGGGGAUGUUGGGGAUUCGUGCAUGAUCUAGGAUGUUUACUUAUAUUGUAGCAGGUAUGAUAGUAUUGGCUUUAUUUGGAUUAUACCUUAUCACCAGCCGACUACC